CAAUACAGCUUAGUAGCUUACCGACCCGCCCUCGAGUGUCCACCUUAGCCUCUGCCUCUCUGCCACCUCUUACUAUGCAACUCUUCUUCUCACCGACCUUGGAUACUUCCCCCUCCUCCGUCCUAUCUCUUCCGUUUAAUGUCGUAAUCUGUUCGUUACUUCUGCUAGUACUCAUAUUCCGGCAAUGGCGCCCUUCCAAGCUCGCCAAACGUCUCCCCCCCGGCUCAAUGGGUUGGCCUUAUAUUGGAGAGACCCUCAAGCUCUACACUCAAAAUCCCAACUCCUUUUUCUCCACCCGACAAAAACUGUACGGAGAUAUCUUCAAGACUCACAUACUAGGCUGCCCAUGUGUGAUGAUCUCGAGCCCGGAAGCGGCAAAGGUGGUUCUUGUGACUCAGGCUCAUCUUUUUAAGCCCACGUAUCCGCCUAGCAAGGAAAAAAUGAUAGGACCAGAAGCUCUAUUCUUUCAUCAAGGACCCUACCAUUCCAUGCUCAAGAAGUUGGUUCAGGCUUCAUUUUUACCUUCUGUUAUCAGAGAAUCUGUCCCGGAAGUCGAGGGAAUUGUUCUCAAGUUCCUUCCAAGCUGGGAAAAUACAACCGUCAACACUUUGCAAGAGAUGAAGAAGUAUGCUUUCGACGUGGCGGUAUAUGCGGCAUUUGGGGACAUGAGCAGGGAGGUGGAAGUCAAAGGAAUUAAACGGUUGUACCAAAUGCUGGAGAAAGGUUACAAUUCAAUGCCUCUGGAUUUUCCGGGGACACCUUUUCACCAAUCAAUGAAGGCAAGAAAGGUCUUGACUGAGACUUUGAAAACAUUAAUCUGGAGGAGGAGAUCAGAGAGCGGAAAGCAUGGCGGAGGAUUGUUGGAGAUGUUUCUGAGAGCCAAAGACCACAAAUUUAAUCGACUCACCGAUUCUCAAAUUGCUGACAAUAUCAUAGGAGUCAUAUUCGCUGCUCAUGAUACCACUGCCAGUGUCCUUACGUGGGUGCUCAAGUACUUGCAUGAUCAUCCUCAUCUUCUCCAAGCUGUCACGCGGGAACAAGAAGAAAUUAGACGAAUUCGAACUGGAAGCAAACGAGGGCUAAUGUGGGAGGAUACUAGGCGCAUGCCCCUGACUAGUAGGGUUAUCCAAGAAACAUUAAGAAGCGCAAGCAUUCUGUCAUUUACAUUCAGAGAAGCAGUCCAAGACGUGGAAUUUCAAGGUUAUCUCAUCCCAAAAGGAUGGAAGGUUCUUCCGCUAUUCAGAACCAUUCAUCACUCUGCGGAUUUCUACCCUCAACCUGAAAAGUUUGAUCCUUCGAGAUUUGAGGUUCCUCCAAGACCCAACACUUACAUGCCAUUUGGUAAUGGGGUGCAUUCGUGUCCAGGAAGUGAGCUAGCUAAGCUUGAAAUGCUUAUCCUCCUCCACCACCUCACUACCACUUACAGAUGGAAGGUAGUUGGUGAAGAGGAGGAAGGGAUCCAAUACGGCCCAUUUCCUGUACCAAAACGAGGUUUGCCGAUAAGGGUUCAUCGACGGAAGGUGACAUGACAACCCAGUCAGCAAUUAUUCGAUACUACAAAAAUCCGUAACUAGUUUGACAGCAAGGCCAAAACCCAAAGAACAAGUGGGGACGAAAGUGUGAUUCCCAUCGAGUCCCUUUUCGGGUUUUUUUCCUGUAAGAUUUGUGCAAAAGAUGCUCUGCCAUUCGCCCCGACUGCACUUGGGUGUCCGCAUUGACAGAUGUGGGGGGAACGGUGGGGUUAGCUAUUUAGCCGUUAAUUGUACGGUCGAAUGCAGUUGUAGUU